UCGCCUUACGGCCGCGCCGUAAAGCGAGGCCGGUGCGACAGCGCGCUGGUGGCGUUAGGGAGGCGGGGAGCGGCGGGGCUCUGCCGGAGCGGGCGGAUGCCCGGUGGCGGGGGCAGCCCGGCGCCCGGCACUCACGGCGGAGCGGAGGCCGGAGAAGCGGGCGGUGCGGCGGGCGGCGGCCCGGCGGGCGGCAGGAUGAGCCUGUCGCCGAAGGAGCUGUCGAGCCUGCUGAGCAUCGUGUCGGAGGAGGCCGGCGGCAGCACCUUCGAGGGCCUCUCCAGCGCCUUCCACCACUACUUCGGCAAGGCCGAGCACUUCCGCCUGGGGUCCGUCCUCGUCCUCCUGCUGCAGCAGCCCGACCUGCUGCCCAGCCCCGCGCAGCGCCUCACCGCCCUCUACCUGCUCUGGGAGAUGUACCGCACCGAGCCCCUCGCCGCCAACCCCUUCGCCGCCGUCUUCGCUCACCUCCUCAACCCCGCGCCCGAGCGCGGCGGUGACGAGGCGGAGCGCACCCCUCUCUCAGGCUUCUUACCUCCUAUAACUCCUCCAGAAAAAUUCUUUCUUUCUCAGCUGAUGUUGGCCCCCCCUAGAGAACUGUUUAAGAAGACCCCUCGGCAGAUUGCUUCAAUGGACGUGGGGAACAUGGCCCAGUCAGUGGAUAUAAGUGGGCUUCAGCUGGCAUUAGCAGAACGUCAGUCUGAGUUGCCAACACAGAGCAAAGCCAGCUUUCCCAGCAUCCUCAGCGAUCCUGACCCAGAUUCUUCCAACUCCGGUUUUGACAGCUCCGUUGCCUCCCAGAUCACGGAAGCCUUAGUGAGUGGACCAAAACCUCCUAUAGAAAGUCAUUUUCGACCAGAGUUUAUUCGACCACCACCUCCACUUCAUAUAUGUGAGGAUGAAUUGGCAUGGUUAAAUCCAAUAGAGCCAGAUCACACAAUUCAAUGGGAUAAGUCAAUGUGUGUUAAGAACAGCACUGGAGUUGAGAUAAAAAGAAUUAUGGCAAAAGCUUUUAAAAGCCCCUUGACUUCCCCACAGCAGACACAGCUCCUUGGAGAACUGGAAAAGGACCCCAAGCUUGUUUACCACAUUGGUCUCACUCCUGCCAAAUUGCCGGAUCUGGUUGAAAACAAUCCUUUAGUAGCUAUAGAAAUGUUGCUGAAACUGAUGCAGUCUAGUCAGAUUACAGAGUAUUUUUCUGUCUUGGUCAAUAUGGACAUGUCCUUACAUUCAAUGGAAGUUGUAAAUCGACUUACUACUGCAGUUGAUCUCCCACCUGAAUUUAUUCAUCUUUAUAUCUCCAAUUGCAUCUCCACCUGUGAACAGAUUAAAGACAAAUACAUGCAGAGAAAACGUGAUGCCUUUUGAUUGCAGUGAGGAAAUAACUUGUUCGGUUUCUGAACUCUCUUGGAAUGGGUAGCAAGUUCUGAAGUAGUAAGCACAGGUCCUGUAAAAGUGGUUGAUGGCUUAUUUUUGGUGUCAUAUUAUCUAAAAUGCUUUGGACAUUUGAUCUAUCAAGUCCCCUCAGUUCUGUCUGAUGAACCUUGUUCUUGUUGCUUUUAGAGAGAGGUUUAGCUUCAGCUUUUUCUCCCAGUGUGAAGUAUGUGACUGCCUUAGUGGUAAAGUAAGAUCUGUUUUUGGCCUUGAGGAAAGUAUAAAGUGACUGGAUCUGCGUAUGACAAAUUGUAUGUGCCAGUGCCUAGCUCUCCAGUUCCCAGUGUGCUCUUUCAGGUGUUGACCUGAACAGUGCUUGGGAAGGAAGAACACUUCAGAGAUCACAUCUUUUCACUGCAUCAGGCAGGAAAUGAACCAUGAGCUGUGAGGCCUGUUCUUGGUUUAGGUGUCUCUGGUACUGUCUUUCCUUCAAAGAUGGAGCAAGAGAGGCGUGUGCUAAUUCCACAGUAGAGCACUUCCUACAAAACAAGUUUGUGAUCAGUUCUGUUGUUGUCACUUUCCCUCUGGAGUGCCAUAAUCAUGUGGUGACUGGGGAAUUUUGAGACGGGAAGCUUGUUCAUUUUUCUUUAUGGUAGCAUUGUAGAAAAUAAGCAAGACACUAGAGAUGACAUAAUCUUAAGA